AUGGACAAUGAACUUGUGUACGUUGCUCCAAGAGAUGACUAUCUGGAUGCCCAAACCUCAGAAAUUUCAAUUGACGAUCUGAUGAAAGAGGAGGAACAGAGGAAAAGCACAAGGAAAGAGAAUGGGCAGCAAGUUAAGGAACGAGAGAAGUAUGAAAUGGAGAAAGGAAUUUGUCCCAAGCUCGAUAUGAUGCUCAGGUGGAGGAAGUGUCCAUGUGAAUCACAAGGUCCAAGUCCAAAGGGCAAGGAGAAGAAAUCUUAUGGAUUUAGAUGUCACUAA